AUGGCAAACCUAAAGCUUGCUGUUACUUAUCUUUUAUUGCAUGCAGCUAAUGUGCUCGGUUUAAUUUCCUGUAUAUAUGUAAUUUUUUCCCAUCCUCAACCCUUGCAGGCUGGACUUUUUGUAUAUGAUAUUUUCUGGGUUUUCUUCACUCCAGUGAUGGUCAGUGUUGCAAAAUCUUUUGAUGCUCCUAUAAAGCUUUUGUUCCCUACAGCAGAUUCUGCUCGACCAUUUUCCAUGCUUGGACUUGGUGAUAUUGUAAUACCCGGUAUUUUCGUAGCGUUGGCUUUGCGAUUUGAUGUGUCUAGAGGGAAAGACAGCCAGUAUUUUAAGAGUGCUUUUCUCGGAUAUGGUGCUGGUUUGGUUCUUACAAUUAUUGUCAUGAACUGGUUUCAGGCUGCACAGCCUGCACUUUUGUAUAUUGUACCCGCUGUUAUUGGAUUUUUGGCUGCUCAUUGCAUAUGGAAUGGCGAAGUCAAACCGUUGUUGGAGUUUGACGAGUCUAAGACUGCAAAUUCAUCCCAAGAAAGCAGUGAUGCCAAUGAUAGCAAGAAGGUGGAGUAAGUUGAAAAAGCCUUGGACUGAUGAAAGAAAUACUGCUAUUCUCUGAGGAUCCAUAUGCACUUAGAGCUUAAUCGCGGCUAACUUAUGCAAAUGAACAACACAUUAACGUGUUUUGGGAUUAAGGAAGAAAUAAUAUUUUAGCCUCUUAUAACAAUACAACAAACAGUUUUUAAUUUCUUUCUUUGUUGCCCCAAUACAACGGAAUUUUAAAUUCCUUACUGCUCCAUUUGGGGCCUUUGAGCAACAUCUCCAUUCCUAUUGCAUGUUUCUUUUUCUUUUU